AUGACCCGCCAGCCCGAGAUUGGCCAGAUUCCCGACGCCGUGAAGGACGCGGUCCAGUCGCUCGAUGCCGAGUUCCAGGCGGCUGACAUGGAGAUUAGCAAGGUGGUCGCGCGCCUGCACGAGCCCCUGCUGAAGAAGCGUGCUGAGAUCGUGGACAAGAUCGACGGCUUCUGGCCUCAGGCCCUGACGAACUGCGUGUCGACGAACAUCUACAUUGAUGACGACGACCACCCCCUGCUUGACCACCUGAAGCGCAUUGACGUGCAGCGCGAUGUGAACGACCCCCGCGCAUGCAAAAUCGCGUUCCACUUUGCGCCCAACGACUUUAUCAGUGACGAGGUGCUCGUCAAGUCCUUCGAGCUCGCUCAGGACGCGCGCAAGGCGACGGCCUUCGACUUUGCGGCUGACCUGGUGCCGGUCAAGACGACCAUCUCGUGGAAGUCGGACGACGUGAACCUCGCGAAGAACAAGCCGACGAAGGGCGACCUGAACGACGACGAGGACGAGGAGGACGACUUUGAGCCGGGCUCCUUCUUCUCGUCAUUCUUCGAGAGUGACAGCCCCCAGAUCGCGGGCAGCAUUGGCCGCGCGAUCGUCGAGGACCUCUACCCCAACGCGAUCCAGCACUUUGAGAUGCCAGCUCUGUACCAGGACGAGGACGAGGAAGACGACUAUGACGACGAGGAGGAGGAUGAGGAGGAUGAGGACGAUGCGGACCGCGAGAUCGACCUCGAGGAAGAAGAGAAGAAGCGCCCGUCUAAGAAGGCGCGCGCUGCGUAA